AUGGCUUUCAGGUAUCCAUUGGCGCUGUCCGCAGCGUCAGCUUCGACUCUAUCCUCAACUGCAGCUGCCGCCCGGUCUCGUACCGCCACCGCGCUGCCUCGAUUCACCACCGUCCGUGCCUCGUCCAGCUCGACUUCCGCUCUGGCCUACAAGGCAUUGCACCGCCGUUCUCCUCUUCCUCUGCCAGUCAAUGAGACCUCUGCUCAAUGGGAUGCCCCUACUGCUGUCUCUUCGAUUCUCUACGAGACUCCCGUGCCCCCCUCCAACCCUCCUAAGCGCCAUGUUCUGAACUGUCUGGUCCAGAACGAGCCCGGUGUGCUGUCCCGUGUGUCCGGAAUUCUGGCCGCUCGUGGCUUCAACAUUGACAGUUUGGUCGUGUGUAACACCGAGGUCGAGGAUCUGUCCCGUAUGACCAUUGUCCUCCAGGGUCAGAACGGCGUUGUCGAGCAGGCUCGCCGCCAACUGGACGACCUUGUCCCCGUCUGGGCCGUUCUGGACUACACCGAGUCCGCUUUGGUCCAGCGUGAGCUGCUGCUUGCUAAGGUCUCUAUCCUUGGUCCUGAGUUCUUCGAGGAACUGCUCCAGCACCACCGUGAGAUCACUACCCCCGGUGAUCUGAGCAAGCAGAGUGGCCAGGCCCAGGAGGUCGAGUACCACCCUCGUCACCUGCCCCUCAGCCAGGCUCUGCGCCACAAGCACGAGCACUUGGAUGCUAUCACCCGCCUGACCCACCAGUUCGGCGGUAAGGUCCUGGAUAUCUCCACUAACAACUGCAUUGUUGAGGUGUCCGCCAAGCCCAACCGUAUCGACUCUUUCCUGAAGCUGGUCGGUCCCUUCGGUAUCCUUGAGUCUACCCGUACCGGUCUCAUGGCUCUGCCCCGUUCUCCUCUGUCUGAGCAGAGCGAGGAGAUCGAGAAGGACGCCGCCGAUGUCGUUGAUGCCAGCACUCUUCCUCCUGGUUAA